AACGCAGCUCAAGUGAUUCAUAGUGAAACAUUGUUGGAGACUAACAAUGCUGGCCGGAUCCUCUUCCCCCAGGCCUGAGGGGCUUGGGCUGGAUCUGGGGGCACCCAUGUCACCUGACGUCGGCAGGCCCUGACCGCCACACCUCUGGAUCUGCUUUGCUAAGGCAUGGAGGCAGAAGAAGUUUCAAGGGCUGAAGACAGAGCUGACUAUCCAGGUUCCAAAAAUGAAGGCCAGCCUGAUGUUGCUCAGCCUGACUUCCCACAUGGAGGGCAAUCUCCUGGUCCCACUGCUCUCUGGGAGAUGCUAGAAAGGAAGUUUCUAGAAUACCAGAAGUUGGCUCACGGGAGCCCGGUUGAACAUCAGCAGAGCCUGUUGGAUCUCCUUCCGCUGUUUCUGAAGGCCUGGGAAAACUCCGUGGGGAUCAUCUGCUUUCCCAGUCUCCAAAGGUUGGCAGAAGAUACUUCAAACCAGCUUGCCCAAGAGAUACAGAAGGCACUUGUGGGAAAGCCUGCAGAGCAAGCCAGGGAGGCAGCUGGGCAGUUGCUGCGGUGGAAGGGGGAUGUGCAUCAAGAUGGCUACCUGCUCCUGAAGUCAGUAUUUGUGCUCACAGGGACCAACUCGGAGACGCUGGGCAGAGUUGCUGAGUCUGGCCUUCCAGCCCUGCUCCUGCAGUGCCUUUAUCUCUUCUUUGUCUUUCCUCUGGAAAAGGACGAGCUUUUGGAGAGUGAUGUUCAAGUUCAGAGGAUGUUUGUGCAGAUGUUGCUGAACAUUUGCUGUGAGUCUCAGGGGCUGGAGAAACUUCUAUCAGGAAAUGAGCUUCAGUCUCUAGUGAUUGCCACUACCUGUCUUCGGGAACACAGCUGCUGUUUUUGGAAGGAACCCACCUUCUGUGUGCUGAGGGCAAUCUCCAAAGCCCAGAACCUCGGCAUCAUCCAGUACUUGCAGGCCAUGGAUUGCAUCAAGCUCUCCCUUCAGAACCUCUCCAAGCUGGCGGACAGCCUCCCCGCUCCUGAGGUGAGCGAGGCAGUGAACCUCAUCUUGGGCUUUGUGAAGGACUCCUACCCCGUCUCCUCAGCUCUGUUCCUAGAGUUUGAGAAUGGAGAGGGCUACCCUCUGCUCCUUAAAGUGUUACUUCGGUAUGACGGGCCAACGAAGAGCGAAGUGGACCCCCAUCUGGAGGAGCUCCUUGACCUGGUGGUGUGGCUGACGACCUGUGGGAGGUCAGAGCUGAAGGUGUUUGACAGCGUCACGUACCCUCAGCUGGAAGGCUUCAAGUUCCAUCAUGAGGCUUCUGGGGUGACUGUGAAGAAUCUUCAGGCCUUCCAAGUCCUACAGAAUGUUUUCCACAAAGCCAGCAACCCCAUCCUCUGCACCAAAGUCCUAGCAGCCAUCAGGAUCAUGUGGGCCUGGAAUGCCCGCAACUUCUUCCUGCUGGAGUGGACCCUGCAGCCCAUCUCGCAGUUUGUGGAGAUCGUGCCCCUGAAGGCAGCCCCAGUGCAGAAGCAAUUCUUCCAGCUACUGGAGGCCCUGGUCUUCGAGCUGCAUUAUGUGCCCCACGAGAUCCUGCGGAAGGUGCAGUGCCUGAUCAAGGAGAGCCCUGAGUCACCGUGCUCCCUGGUGGCCCUGCAGAGUGUCCUCAAGAUAGUUGUCAGGGACCUUCUCUUCACUGACAUCUUCCGGGACUCUGGUCUCCUUGGCUUGCUGCUGGCCCAGCUGCGGAAGCGGGCCAAGAUCCUGAGGAAGUCAGGAAACAAAGAGUCCAUGCUUGGUGUUCAGGAUACAGAAAGAGAACUGACCUGUGUGAUGCUGAGAACUGUGCUCACACUUCUGAGAGGCUCAGUACGGAAUGCAGUUGUCCUCAAAGACCACGGCAUGGUGCCCUUCAUCAAGAUCUUCCUGGAUGAUGACUGGUACCGGGGAGCCUCGCUCAGCAUCCUGGAGCAGCUGUCCGUCAUCAAUGCUGAGGAGUACAUGAGCAUCAUUGUGGGCGCUCUCUGUUCGUCCACUCAAGGCGAGCUGCAGCUGAAGCUGGAUCUUCUGCAGUCUCUCCUCAGGAUCCUGGAGACCCCCAAAGGCCGUGCUGCUUUCAGAGUGUCCAGUGGCUUCAAUGGACUCCUGUCGCUGCUCUCUGACCUGGAGGGGUCACUCCAGGAGCCCCCGCUGCAGACGUGGGCGAUGGUGUCCCCCAGCCAGACCCUGGACCUGGUCCUGCACACCCUUUGUGCCUUAUCCGCGGCAUUGCACCUGGACCCCGUCAAUGGUGACUUCUUCAAGAGGAAUGGGCUUUUUGAGAAGUUGGCGGAAGACCUCUGUUUGCUGGGCUGUUUUGGAGCCCAGGAGGAAGAGGGAGCCCCUCUGCACUCCGGGGCAGACACGAAAGCCAGGCCAUUUGCUGAUUUGCUGAGUGUGGCCUUUACCUCUACGAGCCCAUUCCCACCCAAGAUACAGAGCUGCCUCCAGAUCCUCAGCUUUCUGGACAGCAUGGCCAGUGGCACCCUUCACCUGCGCAGAGACCUGAAGGAGUCCCCAAGAGCUGGGCAGGACCCAGUUGUGAAUGCCCAGAAGGAAGAAGCUGGCAGGGAUGCCCAAGGCAACUUCAAGCAGUGGCCAGAUCUGGAGGAGAGGGUGGAUGAAGGGGAUGCUGUGAUCAUGCACCCUGGGGUCCUGUGCAUCAUGGUGAGACUGCUGCCUCGGUUGUACCACGCAGACCACCCCCAGCUUUCCCAGGAGAUCCAGUGCUCCAUGGCCAGUCACAUCCAGUCCCUGGUGAAGUCGGAGAAGAACCGUCAGGUCAUGUGCGAGGCAGGGAUGCUUAGGACCCUCAUGGCCUCCUGCCGCCGGGCCCUGACCACCAGCUCCAGCCCCUUGCACUCGGGCCUCAUCAGGAUUUUUGAAAAGCUUGCCUCCCAAGCAAUCGAACCAGAUGUGUUAAGACAAUUUCUCAGUCUUGGAAUUCCCCCACCUCCGUCGGCUGCAACGAAAAUCCUGCAUUCGUCUUGUCUGCACAGAGGGGACCCUGGAGGCUCAGGGUCCCAGACUGCAGCAGCAGGGACUGGUGAGGGUCCCGCAGGAGCUGCCAUGGAUGCCGGCCCCAACCCAGCAGUCACACAUACCCUCAGGGCCUCGGGGACAUCCCAGGGCUCAACCACUGCCCUUCAGACCUCUCUGAGCCUCAUCUCCAUGACCUCCCCACGCCACCUGCAGCCUCAGAGGGCUGUCCUGGCUCCAUCGUUUGUGGAAUUUGACAUGUCCAUGGAAGGUUAUGGCUGUUUGUUUAUUCCGACCCUGUCUACAGUUAUGGGAAGCAGCACAGAGUAUCUGGUCUCUGGAGGGAUUGGGACAGGUGCUGCCAGGUCAUUCCCUCCAUCUGGGGGCCUGACCUUCUCCUGCUGGUUCCUGAUCAGUAGGCACAGCACAGUCCUUGAGGGCCACCCGCUGCGCUUCCUAACCCUGGUGCGUCACCUGGCCAGGACCGAACAGCCUUUCGUCUGCCUCUCUGUCAGCCUGUGCCCGGACGACCUCUCCUUGGUUGUGUCUACGGAAGAGAAAGCGUUUCAGCCCCUGGACAUCAUGGAGCCCGAGGAUGAUCCCGAGCCUUCCGCCGGCCGCCAGCUGCGGGUCAGGUGUGGCCAGCUGCUGGCCUGUGGUCAGUGGCACCACCUGGCUGUGGUUAUCACCAAGGAAAUGAAAAGGAAUUGCACCGUUUCCACCUAUCUGGAUGGACAGAUCACCGGCUCGGCCAAGAUGUUGUAUAUUCAGGCCUUACCAGGGCCUUUCCUUUCAAUGGAUCCAUCUUCAUUUGUAGAUGUUUAUGGAUAUAUUGCUACCCCUCGACUUUGGAAACAAAAGUCAUCAUUAAUAUGGCGUCUUGGGCCUACAUACCUCUUUGAAGAAGCCAUCUCAGUGGACACUCUGGAAGUUAUUAACAAACUUGGCCCAAGAUACUGUGGUAACUUCCAAGCUGUGCAUGCUCAAGGAGUGGACCCUGAUAUAGAAGCGACGCCCCUCAUUGCUGAGGAAAAGGUAUCCUUUGGCCUUCACUUAGCCAGCUCCUCUACCACCAGUGUUACAGACAUCAGAAACACUUACAGUGAGGUGGACAGCCGCCUGAUUGCCAAAGAGAUGAACAUUUCAUCCCGUGACAAUGCCACACCUGUGUUCUUGCUAAGAAAUUGUGCUGGCCACCUCUCGGGUUCUCUCCGAACCAUUGGCGCUGUGGCUGUGAGCCAUUUAGGCGUAAGGGUGUUCCACUCCAUCCCGGCAGCCAGCAGCCUGGACUUCAUUGGCGGGCCCACCAUCCUCCUGGGCCUCAUUUCCUUAGCAACAGAUGACCACACCAUGUACGCAGCCGUGAAAGUCCUGCACUCUGUCCUGACCAGCAAUGUCAUGUGCGACCGCCUAAUGCAGCACAUCUGUGGGUACCAGAUAAUGGCUUUUCUCCUGAGGAAAAAGUCCUCUCUCCUAAACCAUCGAAUUUUUCAGCUCAUCCUCUCCAUUGCUGGCACUGCAGAGCUAGGCUUCGGGUCAUCUGCUAUCACCAACGUUGGCGUCUUUCAACACAUCCUCUGCAAUUUUGAGCUCUGGACAAACACCGCGGACAGCCUGGAGCUCUCCCUCUUUUCCCACCUUGCAGAAAUCCUUCGAUCACCAAGGGAAGGACCCCGGAAUGCUGAGAUUGCUCACCAGGCCCAGCUUAUACCCAAGCUUGUCUUCCUCUUCAAUGAGCCGGGCCUCACCUUCUCCAAGAUCCCCACCAUCAUUGCCAUCUUGGGCUGUCAGCUGAGGGGCCACUUCAGCAUCCAGGACUUGCUCAGAAUCGGACUGUUUGUUGUGUACACCCUCAAGCCUUCUUCGGUGAACGAGAGGCAGAUCUGUGUGGAUGGGGGCCUGGAUUCCUCGGUGCCUGCUGGAAGCCAAACAUCUGGAAAGACAAUCUGGCUCAGAAACCAGUUGCUGGAGAUGCUGUUCAGCGUAAUAUCUUCCUCUCAACUUCAUCUGUCCUCUGAGACAAAGGAAGAGAUGUUUCUGAGCCUGGGGCCUGACUGGUUCCUGCUCCUCAUGCAGGGCCACGUGCAUCACAGCACCACAGUGCUGGGGUUGAAACUGUUGCUGCACUUUUUGGCAAGCCCCUCCCUCCGCGGGCGAUUUAAAGAUGGCCUGUGUGCAGGAUCCUGGGUGGAGCGCAGCUCGGAGGGUGUGGACAUUGUGAUAGAUAACCUGAAGAGCCAGACCCCCACGCCUGACCAGAGCCCCUGCCUGCUUCCUGGGUUCCGCGUCCUGAAGGACUUUCUGGGCCACCAUGUGCAUAUUCCAGAAGUCUACCUCAUUGUGUCCACCUUCUUCCUGCAGACGCCACUUACAGAGCUGACGGAUGGGCCCAAAGAUAGCCUGGAUGCCAUGCUCCAGUGGCUCCUGCAGAAGCACCACAAUGAAGAAGUCCUCCGGGCUGGGCUGUGCACUGAAGGUGUCCUGCUGCUCCUGGAAAUGCUGAAAGCCACCAUGAGCCAGCCCCCAGGAGGCUCUGGAGAUGACGCCUGGGAACAGUCAUUCCCUGCCAGCGUGCUGCAUUUCCUUGGCUGUGUGCACAGCACCUACCCCCAGGAUCCUGCCUGGCGAGCCCCGGAGUUCCUCCAGACGUUGGCUGCAGUCACCUUCCCUCUGGGGACCCACAAGGAGCCCAUGACUCAGCCUGUCCAGAAUGCCAGUAGCCCCGGGGUGGAAGCUGAAGGUGACGACAUUGCAGAGGGUCCACAGGCUCCUGCCAAGUCACAUCCCACGCGGAAGCAGCUGAGGGAGUUCAUGCAGCGACUGCUGAGGGACUCCUUGCUGGCGGCCUCCAACCCCAAGCAGUGGCUGCCCCUGGAAGUGCUCUUGGAGGCAUCUCCACACAAUGCCACCAGCCAACAGAAGCGAGACUUCCAGUCUGAGGUCCUGCUUUCCACCAUGGAAAUAUUUCACAUGCUGAAUGGAGGCAAUGUACCCAUGCUCAGAGGCAGUAAAGAGCCUCAGCCAAAUGCAGAAGCUGCUGCUGCUCCUUCACUUGCAAACAUCUCCCACUUCACCCAGAAGCUGGUGGAGAAACUGUACAGUGGGAUGUUCUCAGCAGACCCCAGACACAUUCUUCUCUUCAUCACAGACCGCAUCGUGGUGGUCAUCGAGAAUGCCUCUUCUCAAAGGGAUGCUGUCAUCAGUGCUUUAUACAGCAGUUUAAAUAAAGUCAUUUUGUACUGCCUGUCCAAGCCUCAGCAAUCCCUCUCCGAGUGCCUCAGUCUUCUCAGCAUCUUGGGCUUCCUACAGGAACACUGGGACAUUAUCCUUGCUACCUAUAACUCCAACGUCAGCUUCCUCCUGUGUCUCAUGCAUUGCUUUUUGCUGCUCAGUGAGAGAAGUUAUCCGGAAGGAUUUGGAUUGGAACCCAAGCCUAGAAUGACUCCUUAUCAUCAAGUGUUUCUUUCUCCAAAUGAAGAAGGGAGAGAAAAAGGAGAGGAAGACUUACCAAGUUUGAGCGAUGUCCAGCACAACAUCCAAAAGAUUGUGCGAACCCUAUGGCAGCAGCUCGUGGCACAGAGGCGGCAGGAGCUGGAGGACACCUGCAAGAUCGAUCUCUCUGUGAAACCUGGAGAGAGUGAAGUGAAGAUUGAAGAGAUUACCCCACUCUGGGAGGAGACGAUGCUCAAGGCCUGGCAGCAUUACUUAGCAUCUGAGAAGAAGUUGCUGACCAGUCGCUCGAGCGUGGGGCACCACAGCAAAGUGUCUUCAUGGAGUGGUAGCUUAUCUUCGGCCAUGAGGCUGGUGCCGGGGAGGCAGGCCAAGGAACCUGAGUGCAAGACAGAGGACUUUGUGUCAUGUAUUGAGAACUACAGAAGAAGAGGACAGGAACUGUAUGCAUCUUUAUACAAAGAUCAUGUACAGAGGCAGAGAUGUGACAGCAUCAAGGCAGCCAACACCUGGGCCAGGAUUCAAGAGCAGCUUUUUGGGGAGCUGGGCUUGUGGGGCCAAACAGCAGAAGCCACACUUUGCUCCAGAUGGGAACUGGACUGGAGAGAAGGACCAGCUCGCAUGAGGAAACGCAUCAGACGCUUGUCUCCCCUGGAGACCCUGAGUCCAGAAAGGCUCAAGGAAAACCAAGACAGAAAUGGCAGUGUUUCCGAAACAAAUGUUGAAAAGCAAGAUGAGCUGACACCAAAGGAAGCUGAGAGUGGGAGAGAGGAGGUGGCGGUGGACUGCACCCAGCUGACCUUCUUCCCUGCCUUACAUGAAAGUCUGCACUCUGAAGACUUCUUGGAACUGUGUCGGGAAAGACAAGUUAUUUUACAAGAGCUCCGUGAUCACGAAAAGGUGACACAGAAGUACUCCCUGGUGAUCGUGCAGGGCCAUCUGGUCUCUGAAGGGGUCCUCCUCUUCGGCCACCAGCACUUCUACAUCUGCGAGAACUUCACACUCUCUCCUGUGGGGGAUGUCUACUGUACACGCCACUGCUUAUCCAACAUCAGUGAUCCAUUCAUCUUCAACAUGUGCAGCAAAGACAGGUCCUCCGACCAUUACUCAUGCCAGAGUCACAGCUACGGGGAUCUCCGGGAGCUCCGGCAGGCUCGCUUCCUGCUGCAGGACAUCGCUCUGGAACUCUUUUUCCAAAAUGGAUAUUCCAAAUUUCUUGUCUUUCACAACAAUGAUCGGAAUAUGGUCUUCAAAAGCUUCUGCUCUUUCCAGCCCACCUUGAAGGGGAAAGGCAUCACAGAGGACCCCCUCAAUCUAAGGAGAUACCCAGGCUCCGACCGGACCAUGCUGCAGAGGUGGCAGAAAAGGGACAUCAGCAAUUUUGAGUAUCUCAUGCACCUCAACACCGCGGCUGGGAGGACCUACAAUGAUUACAUGCAGUAUCCAGUGUUUCCCUGGGUCCUGGCUGACUACACUUCACAGACAUUGAACUUGACGAAUCCCAAGACUUUCCGUGAUCUCUCAAAGCCUAUGGGGGCUCAGACCAAGGAAAGGAAGCUGAAAUUCAUCCAGAGGUUUAAAGACGUUGAGAAGACUGAAGGAGAUAUGACAGUCCAGUGUCACUACUGUACUCACUACUCCUCGGCCAUCAUUGUCGCCUCCUACCUGGUCCGGAUGCCACCAUAUACCCAGGCCUUCUGUUCUCUACAGAGAGAGAGCGAGCGAGAAGGAGCACGGCAGGCAGAGUGGCAGGCAGAGUCAAAGGGAGAAGGAGGCUUCCUGCAGAGCAAGGAGCCGGAUGUGGGACUCGAUCCCAGGACGCUGGGAACAUGACCUGAGCCGAAGGCAGCUGCUUAACCAACUGAGCCACCCAGGUGUCCCCCAUUUCCAGUUUUAAUAGACGUAUCACAAUCACAAACUUUUUUCUAAUCUGAACUCCUGUCAUGUCCAGCAGAAGUCCUAAUUGGCCAUUUCUCUCCCCAUUAUUUUGAUUUUAAUUUUGAUUCAUCUCUUUGCAAAAUUUUGUACCCCUUGGAAGUAUUUUAAUUGAGGACGAAUACCUAGGGUUAUAUUGUUUGUGAGCCCUUAAAUAUUCAGAAUAUCUUUCUGGCUUCUUCAUGAAGGAGUGAUAUCAUUUAGAAGUAAAAUCCAGCUCCUCUACCUUUUGCCUUCGAAACCUCCAGCCUUAGCUGCCUUGUCUUCUAGCUCUUUAGCGUCACAUGGAAAAAGUUUUCUGCCAAUGAGAGGUUGUUCCUUUGUUGAUAAUCAUCAUCAUCAUCAUCUUACUAUUGUUUUUAUCAGCAUGUCGGGUACACAUAGGAUUCAUUGCUCUUGGUACUCAAGGAUGCGCCAAUAUGCAGAAUGGAUUUAGGAGCAAAAUCUUGGCUCCGUAAUUCUCUCCGAUCAUUUGGUUUCCACUCAGUCUGUAUACUUAAUUUUUUUGUUGUUUUAUUUUAUUUUGUUUUGGACUUUCCUCAUGGCAGGGCUCUGCAGACCUUCACUGUGCCUCCCUGCCUCGCUCCUUCUCUCCCUUCCUUUUCUCUGUCUUCUCUUCCUUUUCUCCUUCCUUCCUUUCCUGAGAAUCAAGUCAUGGCUGAGACUCCCUGCUGGCGGCCCCUGGAUUCCAUGUCCAUGCACAGACUUACAGUACAAGCAAUAGAACAGCUCCACUUUUUCUUCUAGGGAAUUUGGCUUUUCUUUUGUAUUGCAGAGGUGAGAAAACCCAUUAAUUUUGAAACAAAUGUAUGCAAAUACAUUUAUUAAUAUAGAAAAUAGGAAAAUCAGUUAUUGCUUCCUUUAUAAAUAAUACAGGCUUAAGUUUUAAAGAUAUUACUUUUGCUAAAAUGCAUUAGACAGCUGUGAAAAAAAUAACAUUCUUCUUUGUGGUAAUAUCUUUAACCAGAUUUGUAGCACUAACAAUAUUUCCUAUGUAUAUAUUAUUUUUAUUUAAUACAGGUAAUCUUUUUAUUACCAAAUCAUAUUGUUUCUCAGGAGAUUACCAUCAGUACUCAUAAAAGCUGCAAAAGGAAUCCAGGAGGACGAGAAGGCAUCAAUCUCCUGCAGAUGUAAGGCUCGGGCUGCAGAUUAAAUAUGCAAAGCUCUUAAUAUGUUUCAAUGAGCCACUUGUUAGGUGCAUAUUUAUUUAAAAACACUCUCCCCCUAUUUUGUUUCCAUUUCCAUUUGAAUCUGAUGGUGGGCAGCAUCCCCUAAUUUCAACACAAGAGCAAAGUGACCUUGGAGAAAAGCCACAUUCUUAAGCUGCCCAGGUAGUGUGUUCUGUUGCAACUCUGCUGCAACUGGCUUUCUCAGUGUCCCUGUCCAUGUCUGUGUGCAGAGAACGACCCAUGGGCCUCCCUGGAUCCUUAGGUCUGACUCGGAAAACCGACCAGCCCACCAAGAUGUCCAGAUGGGGUCCGUCUCAGGCGAGUGGCAGAGUCUGCCUUUGCAGAAAGAGCUGAGACUCCUCGCCCCACAGGUUAGGAGAUCACAUUUGCCCCAGGCCCAGGGACUCCCCCCAGUAAGCUGGCACAAGGGCAAAAGAAGGCAUGUCCAUUGGAGGAGCAUCCAUGGGAUUGACCUAGUUCUGCCACUGGUUGCUUUGAUAGCCUUGGGAAAUCCAGGACACGUUGAGGACCUUCAGUUUUCUGGUGUGCAGAAUGGAAGUGGACUUCCUUCCUGACACCCUUGCUGUGAGGAUCAGGAGCCAACAUCUCUGUAUAAAGUGCCUAACAUGUGGAAGACUUGCCAAGGGGUGGCUGUGGCCCUUCUUUACUCAUCAUCUACUCCUGCAGCUGCCCCAAAGCUUCCUUAGGUAAAUGCUGACGAGACCUCAGUCCCUGAGAAGUGAAGGGAGCUGGCGGGUGCAGAGGAGAGCUCUACGCAUUUGUUCUCAGGCCACAAGAACCCUGUACAAGUUGGCAAAAGGAGGACAAGUUCUGAUUGAAUGAAGGCCCAGCCUUAAUGGGGACAAGAGAAGUAUCCAAUCCCGGGCAGGUGUUUGGGGAUGUCCCCAAACUUAAGUAGACCCAGAGCCCCACUUCAGAACCUCUUUCUAGAAGUCCAUCUGCCCCCAGCAUCGUCAUUCCUCCAACCAGACCUUUUUUCCUCUGCCCAGCCCUCAAGGCCACCUUAUAAAUAAGGGUAGCAUCAACUAAAGAGAUUUGAUGACCCAGAUGAGAGGAGCAGAGCACUCAAAGAAAGAAUUUUUUUUAAGUCUUACCUGGUGCAAUCCUAGUUGCCAGGCUUGGGAUGCAUCAGGCCACCUGUGGAAAUGGGAGAUGGAACUGGGGCAGUCCUUGAAGAGUGUGUAGACAUCUUAUCUUCAUGGACCAGCUUCCUGUCUCCAGGAGGCUGGUAUCCCUCCAGAUCUUCAUCCUCAGACCUGUUCUCUCUUAUAAGACUGCUCUAUUAGGUGUCAGCAGGGCCCUGACCUAGCCUGCUUCCUUCUGCUUCUGUUCUUGGCCUUGCUUCUGCUCAGAACACUCUGCCUUCUUCUAUGUCACCAGACUUGCAAACUCACCAGGGGUCCACUUCUCUAGAAAACUUGCCCUGAUCCCACAUGACAUGGCUGACCCGCUCUCUGUCCUGUAGUGGGUCCUUUGUGUCCUGUCUGUGCGUGAUUCAGAGUGGGCCCUUAGCACAUGUGGGGAAUGGACAGAUAAAUGACUCUGCUUUUCCUGUCUCUGAUCUGAGCCCGGAUUUCUGAAAUGGAGAAUGAACAGUGCAUCACGUGUCCUUUGAGGAAGCCUCAGGGAAAGGGUCCAGAGAAUGGUCGAGUGAGCGGAGCCACGAGAAAACCAUGGCACGCACACGUGGAGCGGUGAACGAACCUGUGUGGGAGUGAAUGGAAAGAAAGCUCUGACG